GCUUUUACCAUCCUUUGUAGAAUUUCUUGCAUGAUAAUGGUACUUUGGGUAUUUCAUAGACUCCAGUCAGAGUAAUGUGACUUUCCCCUUUCCCAAAUUUUCAGUGGCCUUUUUCUAUCAUAAGAGUCAUGAUGGGGAAUAAUCAGAAUAAAUUCUCUCAAAAUUAGCCUCUUGGCAGUAAGUCCUCUCUGUUUCAUUGCUCAUCUGUGCUGAGGAGACGGUGGGUUGUGUUGCAGGUAGCGUGGGGGAUGCCAUCUCAGUAAUGAUCCCGGACGUGUACAUCUCAGAUGAUGGGGGUUACUCCUGGACAAAGAUGCUGGAAGGACCCCACUAUUACACCAUCUUGGAUUCCGGAGGCAUCAUUGUGGCCAUUGAGCACAGCAGCCGUCCUAUCAAUGUGAUUAAGUUCUCCACAGACGAGGGUCAGUGCUGGCAAACCUACGUGUUCACCAGGGAGCCCAUCUACUUUACCGGCCUUGCUUCAGAACCUGGAGCCAGGUCCAUGAAUAUCAGCAUCUGGGGUUUCACAGAAUCUUUCCUGACUCGCCAGUGGGUCUCCUAUACCAUUGAUUUUAAAGAUAUCCUUCAAAGGAACUGUGAGUGUUCCCUUNCUUUCCUCGCCUUCCUCUAA